ACGAUUUCGUCAUCCGGCGACUCUCCUGUUACAUACGCGGUCCAAUAAUCCCUUCUUGCCCAUAUAAUAGCAAAUCCUCGUACUUUCUUCUCUUCAUCCCAUCCAAUCGCUUCAAGCCCCGGUUUUCGCUGCCUACCUUCACCAUUCCUCUUGGUGUACAGCUCGACGUCCCAGUCGCAUAUCAGCUCGCUGCUGGACCAGGGUGGUGAAGUCGGCCACAUUCGAUCAUAUCAGGGGUGUUGUUCAAAAAAAAGGAAGAGAAAAACCUUUCUGGCCAUGAUUUUAGGAACCGAUAUCGACCUGUCGUCUAUACCAACGGCGUUUCUCGAGGCUUAUCCUUUCCCAGCGGUUGUGAUCGUGAUCGAUUCCUCUCUCCGCCCAAGACCGCCGCUCCAUUCCAGAGACACAGAUGUGACCGUUCGGCAAACUGAUGGCCAAAUAUCACCCCUUGCGAGUCCUCCAGUGCAACAGUUCGCGUCAGCACCCGUGGCGUGGGGGAAUCAGCGAUGGAAUGAAUUGACUCAGGGGAAAACAAUUGCAGAGUGCGUGGAUGUGAUUUCACAGAACAAGUUGCAAACUUGGGUGGAAGGUGACAUUGGCGAAAAGUCGGAGAGUUUUACGCUGGACAUGAAGUUGCCGGAAGGCGUAACUCUUCAUCUGGCAAAGACGAUAUUGCCAUUAAGUCCACCGUCCGCCUCUCAAUCGUUUUGCAUCCUUACAUCGCAAUAUAUCAAUAAGCCGGAAAGCUUCACCCCAUCAAUCUCAUCCAGUGAUGUUCUUUUCUCUCCUCUACCGCGAUUUUCCCAGACUUUUUCUCGGUCAUCUUCUUUUUCGUCCAACCCUAGAAGGUCGAUUGAUGUCCCUGCUUCAUUACCGGGACACCGGGGUUCUGCUACAUCAACAAGUAGCAACCUGCGCUCUUCGGUCGAUUUGACCUCCCCUAAUUCUGAAUACUCUCCACCAAGCCGUGAACAAAGCACGUACUUCACCCAUCGCUUCGCGGUCAGAGAAGAACGGCCCUCAGUAAGGCGGAGACGGUCACCGCCAAACUCGUUUAAGAGAUCAAAACCCCCUGAGAGCCAUGCUCAGGACUGCUGGGACUUGGUAGAGAACUUCGACUGGUCAAAAACAGCAUUAGGGCCGAGAGAACAGUGGAUGGAUGCGUUAGAUCCUGUUCUGGCAAUCACUUUUGAAUCUAGGACGGCAGAUUGCGCCUGGCUAGGGCCUGAUCUAGAGCUAGUUUAUAAUAAGGCGUAUCAAGAGCUGAUUGACCAUCCCAGUGCUUUUGGAAAACCUGCACGACAAGUCUGGGCUACCAAUUGGGACUACUUGGAACCCCUGGUCAAACGAUGUCUCAGUGGGACCCCGGUCUACAAAGACAAUGACCCCCUUUUCUGGCGUCGAUACGGCAAUGGUCGACUUCUGGAACAUUAUCACACUUGGCGAUAUGUACCGAUAACAGGCAAAGAUGGCUCAGUGCUUGGUAUCUUCAACCAGUCAAUUGAGGUCACCGACUCGGUACUGCUAGAGAGGCGAAUGGGCACGACCAGAGAACUAUUGGAACACAUGUCGUUUAUUCGCACAACGGAGGACUUUUUCAGCUCGAUUGCCGACGUCUUUAGUCAAAAUCCUACCGACAUACCGUUCGCACUUUGUUACCGGGUCCGACAAGUUGACACCGAUGGCACAUUUGUCCAUUUGGACGUCUCUCUUCAGUCUUCCGUCGGCGUACCCGAAGGCCACCCGUCUGCUCCAGAUCAAAUUCCUAUCAGCUUCUUUAAUGGCAACCCUUACCCUAGCAAUGUCGAGCGAUCAUUUUCUCCCGCUUUCUCAAUCGUUUCAAUUCACUCUUCGAGCAGUCAUCGGGUCUGUCACGUCUCUGAAGACACUACACAGUGGCCCAUCGCCAAAGCCCUACAAAGGCGACAAUGUGUCAUCAUCGAAGAAUGUUCGCAAUUAAUAGAAGGAUAUCCUAUCCGCCGCUGGGAUGAGCUUCCAUUCUCAGCCAUUGUCGUGCCCAUAUGCUCUGAGGGAUCUCCCGAAAUUCCUGACGCCGUCGUUAUCCUUGGUCUCAACGUCCGACGUUGUUUUGACCAUGAAUACGAUUCCUGGAUUCACUCUAUUCGAUCACAACUAUCUUCGGCCCUUGUGACGGUCAAGGCGCGUGAAGCUGAACAGAAGAUGGUUGAGGAAAACGCACGUAUGGAGAAAGCAAAAGUCGCCUGGUUCAGAGGAGCCGCACACGACCUUCGCAGUCCACUAACUCUUGUCGCUGGACCGCUUGCCGAUGUGCUUGACUCGGAUCUGAGCCCCAAUCAGCGCACAUCUUUAACGGUUGCGCAACGCAAUCUUGAUCGGCUAGUGCGCUUGGUCAACGCCCUCAUGGAUUUCUCGAGGGUGGAAGCUGGACGGAUGGAAGGACGGUUUGUUCCUACGAACUUGAGUCAAUUCAUAACACAGCUCGCAGCUCUUUUCAAGCCUGCAGUAGAAAGACUGGGGUUAGAAUACGUACUUGAUGUCCAGCCAAGAGAAGAGCUUGUUUUCGUCGAUCCUGUUCUGUUUGAGACCGUGGUAUCAAACCUUAUUGGCAAUGCGCUCAAAUACACUGAAACGGGCUGUAUCACUGUUCGGGUGAAAUACACGGAUUACGCAGAGGUCUCCGUCAUCGAUACCGGUGUGGGUAUACCGAAAAACGAGUUGGCAUUGGUGACCGAGUGGUUCCACAGGGCGAGUACUGCCAUUCAUUCGGGAACUCAGGGAACCGGAUUGGGACUGGCGUUGGCCAAGGAGUUGCUCAAGUUGCACAAAGGAGAAUUGCUUGUUGAGUCUCAAACCGCCAAUGAGUCAGGAGGUCCUCAUGGGUCCAUUUUUACCGCGAGAGUUCCUCUUGAUUUCAAGCCCUCACCAUCGGCUCAUAUCAUUCCGUCCGUCGAGUCUCCCAAGACGUUUGGUAAAUACAGUCAAGUCGUUGCAAACGAAGCCAUGCGCUGGGUCGGUGACUCGGACGACUUUAGUGAGGCGUGCGACAUGUCGAGCGGUACCGGAGGCUCAAGUGCUAGUAAUGGCUCUGGAAACACGACCGCCUUCGGGCCCAAGUUUGCAGAUGCCUUUUUGUUUGACAGGAACGACGUCGUGCUUAUUGUGGAAGACAAUGCCGACAUGCGUGAAUACAUACGGCAGCUUUUCACCCCUUACUGUACUGUAGUUGAAGCUUGCAACGGUGAACAGGCUUACAGUAUGGCUACCCAAAACCCUCCCAACCUCAUUUUGUCGGACGUGCUCAUGUCCAAAUUAUCCGGUACGGAGCUGUUACAAAAGAUCAGAUCUCAUCCUGACACUCGCAUUGUGCCUAUGGUCCUUAUUUCGGCUAUUGCUGGUGAUGAGUCUAGGGUUGAGGCUCUGCUAAACGGCGCUGAUGACUAUCUUGCCAAGCCUUUCAAACCCAAGGAACUCAUCGCGCGCGUUCACCUCCACAUGCAAGUUGGCAAGAAACGUGCUAAACUUGAAGCGCUAUACGCCCAGCGUGAAACGGAGCUGACAGCUCUAUCUGACUAUUGUCCGAUCGGCAUCUUCCGGGGAGACAAAUAUGGCCAUAUUGUUUAUGCCAACGCAGCUUGGCGUGCGCAGAGCGGUCUUUUGGUGGGUGAUCCCAACGAUUGGGCAUCUUAUGUGCACCCGGAAUCGAAAGCGCAGCUCUUGGAAGAAUGGAAUCAGUGGCUGAGGGGGGACUUGAAGGAGUUCCGAGCGGCUUGGAGAUGGUCUAAUGGUAUUCCUGUCAGGAGCAUCUUGGUCCGAUUAGAUCAUGUCAAGGAAGGGUUUUCUGGGUUAAUUGGGUGCGUGGUGGAUGUGUCUCAUGAAGAGAGACGAUUAAUCGAAGCCGAGGAAAGAAGAAAAGAAGCGGAAGAGAGUAAACAUCAGCAAGAGCUCCUUAUUGACUUGACAAGUCAUGAAAUUAGGACGCCGGUGUCAGCAAUCCUACAGUGCUCAGAUCUUGUUAAAGAGAAUCUUGUAGCUCUGAAGGACCAGUUGAGAGGAGCGGGACCAAAGGGCUUUGUGCCGACUCCAGAACUGCUGGCUGAUCUUGAGCAGGAUGUGGAAGCUUUGGAAAGUAUUUAUCAAUGCGGUCUUGUGCAGGAACGUAUUGCCGGAGACGUUCUUUCCAGCACAUCUUCCAGUGCUGUCCGAAAGAUCACCAUCCAAUACGACGUGUCGUUUGUCCCUCCUGCUGAUGACUCGUGCGCCGUCCCUUCGUCUGGCGUGCCCGACAUCCUUCCUGCAAAAGAAAAUACUCCUCUAUGGCUGUUUGUCAGCGUUACCGAUUCUGGACCUGGUAUGACAGAGCAAGAGUUAUCUGUCUUGUUCCAAAGGUUUGCUCAGGGCAAUAAGAUGAUUCAUACAAAGUAUGGCGGAAGCGGUUUGGGGCUGUUCAUCUGUCGAAAGAUUACAGAGCUUCUUGGCGGUCGUAUUGAAGUGCUUAGCCAACUCGGGCACGGUAGUGUUUUCCGAUUCUUCAUCAAAACGCGCGCUGUCGCCCCCCCUUCCGCCAUCGCUGCUCUCGUGGAAUCCUCUCCUCUCAAACCGAUAUCCGCCACUUCUCCUUCUUCCUCGUUAGCCAUGAGCCGAUCAUCUUCUCGAAGUACAAACGUCACCACGCCCAUAGAGGGUAGCGGGACUGAACACGUGUUGAUUGUGGAAGAUAACCUAAUCAAUCAGACUGUCCUGAAACGACAACUCAUCAAGGCGGGUCUAUCGUGCAACGUCGCGAGUAACGGCCUUGAGGCUCUCAAUAUCAUCCGUGAAACCCAUCGGCAACACCGACGGGGUGGGCCGAACCGUAAAAGGCUAUUUGACGUGGUAUUGAUGGAUCUCGAGAUGCCGGUGAUGGAUGGUAUCACCGCCGUACAGGAGAUACGAGGAUCCGAAGCCGCGGGGACGUUGGGAAGGAAUAUGGUGAUUGCUCUCACGGGGAAUGCUAGACAAGGACAAAUUGAUCAUGCCUUGGCUUCUGGGUUUGACGACGUCGUCAUCAAACCAUAUAUCCUGGUGGAUUUGUUGAAAAAGAUCAAAUUUAUGAAAGUUAGAAGGUUGGAGUUGGAAACUGCGAAAGCUCAAGAAGAGUGAGAGCUGAAAGGGUGAAGCAGGAGGGAGUGCGGGGUGCAAAAAAAGGAGUUUUUUUUUUGGGUAUUGAAACUGUUUCUUUAAUGGACGAGAAGGGUUCCCGUCUUGGGUUUUGGUUUCGGUACGCAGGGCUCUCAAAGCUCUGUUUUGUUGUAGCGGUAGUUACAGGAUAUCACAUUUAUGUUUCGAGUAUAAUAUAUAACGGUCAAGGUUAGUUCUCGGAAGGCAUAAUUAGUAGCAUUUAUCUAUCG